AUGGUAUUAAUGGCUGUUUCUGAAUAUGCCUUUUCUACGCUGAAGUUUAUAGCGGUUGCCGUAGUUCUUUUCAAUUACAAAUCUUGGCCAUUGGUUUAUCAUAUUCGAAGUUUUUUUGCUUACAGAAAAGGGUUGAAGAGACUGCGCGAGAAACAAAAGAAUUUAAUUUACACUUCAGUACAGAGUCACAGACUAUGGCCUGAUGAUGUAGGCGAUUUCAUAACGAAUCUGCUUGGCCGCUUUUUGUUCAGAGAUCUAACAGUUAUUUCUCAUAAUCUAGAUGGAUAUAAAUUUUCACAUGAACAACAGGUAAGAGAGAGUAGAGAUCAUCUGUUUGUCUUGACAACACAAAUUCAAAGAGUACCUCUUCCGUUUAGUUCAUAUAAUAAGCUUUUGGAUUACGCCCGCUAUGCUCAUGUGGUUGGACAAUGGGGUACUCCAUUGAUCAAGAAGGAAUUAUUUCUACACAACGCAGGUGUUCAAACAUUCUUCAAGAAAGAGAUCCCACCAUUUGCGGAAUUCCUAGUCGAGACACGUCUUCUCAACUGGGAUGAAAAAUGGGUGUUCCUCGUUCACCGCUUUGUUCUGAAAAGGACAAAAGUAACUUCUUGCAUUUGUACUAGUAAAUUAGUAUUCAAACAACCGAAUGGAAAGACUGUCCGGCCAGAGAAGGUAUUCGAAUUGUGUGGAUACGUUUGUAAUAGUGAACAAGAACGGCAGGCGAGAGACAUGUUAAGAGAUAAAGGAAGGAAGUAUGCCGAGUCUAUACUUCAAAUGGACGGGUUAUUCGAAGAGAGUGAGUUUUGGAACGAGGAUUGA